GUUUUGUAUUGUUAUCAUGAAUAGUAUUAUUAAAUAUAUAUUUGAAGUUUGAACUAGUUGUAACAGGUAACCUAUAUCUUGGCCAAGAACAAGCACUUACGAAUUUAUAUUCUUAACUAGGUUCAGAUCAAUUUAAGACAUGAACCGCUCUCAAUAAUAUCGCCAAUCGUUGUAAUACUGGCGAUAGAGCCUAUGGUGAUGCAGGAUACUGAACUGAUGGAGUCAUUGAACUCUCCGUCACAGCCGCCUGAGGUUGGUGAGAUAUCUCUGACAUAAAUUAUAAAUCGGUUAAAGUAAUCAGGAUCUCCGUCGGACGGCAAUUGCGCCUCGUCGUAGUGUCCAAUUGCCGUUGUAAUUGAGGUAGUUCACAUUUGUACAAUGUUUAAUUUCAUUAUUAAAGAUAAAGUAUUGUUAUAUAAUCAUGCUUCAAUAGUCUGGGCAAUUGCCAUGUUUACAAUGUUCUAUAUUUGGCAUUACUUCCUGAUUCUGAUUUCGAGGGAGAAUAUGGUGAGGGAAUUUUUCAGAUCGUUCAUCUGUCACAAACUGAUCAUACUGUAUGUUUUCUACUUCCUGCAAUUAUCUUUCUGAGCAAGAUAUAUUUAUUAUUGUUGAAAUAUCGAAUCUAGAUGAAAGAAACUCUAGUCUCUCCUUCCUUUUGACCCUAACUCAAAGAGAAGCUUACUACAAAUACUUAAUUUCUUAUUUUAUUCAUUAAAGAAUUAUGUGCUGUAUGAAGUUCGAUUCCUCAUCUAUAAUGUUGUCAUGAGCGGUUUACAAUUUCACUUGAUAAGUAACUGAGUGCAUUAAUUCUGAACCGUGAUGUAUAGUUUAAAGAUCUCAUGAAUGAUAGAGAAAACUCUGAUAUUUUUUGGAGGUUAUAGAAGAUACAUGAACCAAGAUCUCAUAUUUAUAUUGUGAAAAUCUCGCUCUAUCUCCUAUUUUCAUCCAUUUUUGAACGGGAAGGUUAUAUAACGAAAGGAAUUUUUACUAUAAGCUGUUAAAAACCAUAUAAUAAAUUACGUAAGAAGUGUCUAGGUGAUA